CUGUACUUUAAUGUCUUUAAAAAUUUCAAAAUAAAUAAUAAAUAACAAUAAAACAUUCACCCACCAAACCAAAAAAAAAAAAAAAAGGCCGCUUAGUUUGCACCUCCUUCACGUUGUCUAAACCUUCUCUUCUUCCUCUUUCUUUCAAUCUAACCCCAGAUAUCUACAUUGUCGUCGAACCAUUCUUAAAAGUCCUGCAAGUCAAGGGUUUCUUUCUAUUAUCAGAAACCCUAGAUUUUCUCAUCUACCUUCCCUUCAAUUCAGUUCCAAUUUCUGAACCUACAGCAAUGUCAAGUGUGGAAGAGCCACUUGGUCUUGACAAGUUGCCUAGCAUGAGUACCAUUGACAGGAUCCAAAGAUUCUCAUCAGGUGCUUGCCGGCCUAGUGCAGAUGAUGUGGGAAUGGGAAAUUUCUGGAUUGAGGGAAGGAGUUGCAGCUCAUCCAACAGUUGCGAGGAUAAUUAUGAGGAGUAUACUAGAGAGACUUUUCCUUGGAAGAGACAUACAAGGGAUCUGUGCCAAGGUGACUCCUUUAAUCGAAGGACCAUGAGCUUAGGCAGGAAUCAUGUAGCGCGUGGAACAGGUCAGGAUUCACGGUGCUUGCCAAAUCGUCAAUAUAACUCCAAGUCCAAGUCCAAUGACAAAGACAUGCGGAAUUUAACAAAUAAGUUUUUGAAAGGAAUACCAAAUUUUGUGAAGAUAGUCGAAGUUGGUCCAAGAGAUGGACUACAGAAUGAGAAAAAUAUUGUACCUACAGAUGUAAAAAUUGAAUUGAUUCACAGACUGGUCUCUUCUGGGUUGCCAGUUGUUGAAGCUACAAGUUUUGUAUCACCUAAAUGGGUUCCUCAGUUAGCAGAUGCAAGGGAUGUGAUGGAAGCAGUUCAAAAUUUGGAGGGCUCUAGAUUGCCUGUUCUGACACCUAAUCUAAAAGGCUUUGAAGCAGCUGUUGCAGCUGGUGCUAAGGAAGUAGCCAUUUUUGCAUCAGCUUCUGAGUCAUUUUCAAAGUCAAACAUCAAUUGUAGCAUUGAAGAGAGUCUUGCUCGUUAUCGUGCUGUCACUAAUGCUGCUAAAGAGCGUGGAAUUCCUGUUCGUGGGUAUGUAUCAUGCGUUGUUGGAUGUCCUGUGGAAGGAGCAAUUUCUCUCUCAAAAGUGGCAUAUGUGGCAAAAGAACUUUAUGACAUGGGUUGCUUUGAAAUUUCUCUUGGUGAUACAAUUGGUGUUGGUACACCUGGGACUGUCGUUCCAAUGCUCGAAGCUGUAAUGGCUGUUGUUCCUGCUGAGAAGCUUGCUGUUCAUUUCCAUGAUACUUAUGGACAAUCUCUUCCAAAUAUUUUAAUCUCUCUCCAGAUGGGUAUUAGCACAGUGGACUCAUCUGUUGCUGGUUUAGGUGGGUGCCCAUAUGCUAAGGGUGCAUCAGGCAAUGUAGCCACUGAAGAUGUAGUCUACAUGCUUAAUGGGCUUGGUGUGAAGACUAAUGUGGAUCUACCAAAACUCCUCUCUGCUGGGGAUUUCAUAAGCAAGUACUUGGGCCGCCAGUCUGGAUCAAAGACCGCUGUUGCUUUGAGCCGGGUUACGGCUGAUGCCUCAAAGAUAUGAGAGAGUUUGCUGGUAGAUAUAUCUAUAUCAAAAUACCCUUAUGAACAAGGAAACAGUGGAUUGGUUCCUACAAUCCAUUCUCCUAACAAGUAUGAUAUAUAUAUAUGUACGCACACGAAUGUAGGUAGGAAUAAGAAAAUGCAGAGCAUGUAUCCUGUAAUUAUGAUUUCGGUGACAAACUAGUCAUUGUACUAGAAUGUGUGCUUUUUGAAGCAGAAGCAGCAUACUGUGCUGAAUAAAAAGAAAAGAAAAGAAAAAGAAAAAGAAACAGAAGUUUCUACUUUCUCUUAA